AUGUUGGAAUGUAUAAAGAAUACAGGAUAUUUUGAAGAUGAAAAGGACGAAGAAAAAAAUAAAGAGGAAGAUAAAGAGAAUGAAGAAGAAGAGUAUGGAGAAAAUGAAGGGGAAGACGAGCAUAAUGAUGAGAAUAAAGAAAAUGCAAGAGUGGAAAAUAGAGAAGAGGGCUAUACUAAUGUUAUCACCCAUAGUAUUAAUACAGGUGACACUGUUCUGAUUAAACAAACAUAUUAUAGAGCUACUUAUAAAGAAAUCCUUGGAUAUUGCUGA